AUGCCUGCCCAAAUAAAUUUUGAAUGUCCUGAUUUGCUACAAUCCGAAAUUUUAGAAUCCUUACAAAACCACAUUGAUGUAAGUUUUGUCAGACAGUACGUCGAAUUUCUAUUCAAAAAAGAUGGAUUUGGCCUUAAAGAAUUACAGAGAUCAAUUUUGGAACAUGAUGGAAAUGAAACAGUGGUUCAAACGAUUCUUCCCUUUUAUGUUGGUGUUCUGACAAAAGUUAUUCAUAGCUCGUCUGAACCUUCUGAUUGUGGGCUCCUGAAACGUUCGGAAGUUUUACAAAUUUUCCAUCAGUUUAUACUUCCAUUGGUUGAUUCACACACUCAGACAGUUGAUCAAUCCAGUUUUACUCUCAAAAUUCUUUUCUACGAGCUUCUUUUGGAAAUGUACAAAAAACAAAUUUCAGAAAAUCAUUGGCCUUUCAAAUUAGAUAUUUCAAAUAUGAUUGUUUACCCUUUGGCAAAUGAAUCAACUCCAAUUUCUCUUCGCAAAAUAAUUGAGCAGUCAGCUAUUCUUCGAAUAAAUUUAAGUGAGAAAGCGUUGGAAUAUGGCAAUAAUGAGUUGAUUAGCAAAUUGGCACAUGUUCUUUUAGCUGCUGACUUUCAUCUGGUUUACAUGAGUUGUACUCGCAUUCUUUCAUGCAAAAAUUCUGUCAAUAUAUUAUUGUCAUUAGGACAUGGCAUUCCAAUCAUACAGAAAGCAAAGAAAUUAAAGAGGAUUGAACAUUCCUUUGCACAACUUGUAGCGGAUUUAAUAUUUAAAUCAACAAAUUUCGAUGAAAAUAUUUCUGAGGGUUUCAAAGACAGCUUUACACAUACAUUUAUUUUGUCAAAACUUGCUGAACGUUUUUUGACUGCAAAGAACGAAGGAUCUCAUUAUAAUAAAGAUAAGUUUAACAAAGUGUUGGAUUUGCUGGCAAUUGUUUCUGAUUAUGAUUUAAAUUUUGUUGGGCCUUUACUUAACGAAUAUAAACUUUUCAAAACUAACGAGGAAAGUUCUCCUGCAAUUUCACUCCUCAAAAUGCUCGAACAACAAAGCAAUGGGCGCUUUUUGCAAAGAAAUUCUCAAUUAAUGGAACGAAUAUGUAGCUUAUUAAGUUCAGCAUUGUUGUUGAAUCAAAAGGAAGAAAUAUGUAAAGGCCCAGAAAGAUGGGAAUUGUUGGAUUCUGCUUUACAAAUUCUUAGUAUUCUCGGUGAUAAACACAGUUUUGAUAAUCAAAAACUUUUCAAUCGACUUUUUGAAAUUUCCAUUGGUUUUAGUAAUGAAUUUCUUCGGUUACCAGCUUUUGUUUUGUUGACACGUUUGUUUAAAAAAGAAUUGAUUGGCAGGUUGUCAGAAGUGUGGAGUGCAAAUACUGAAGAUGAACAAAUCAAGCAAAGCAUACUUUUGUUUGCUUUAAAACAACUCGUUGAUUUAAAUGCUAACGUUGAUGAAAAAUUGAAAUCAGAUUCUAGAGAAAUAUUGAUAAAAGGCGUUGUUGCACUUAUUGACUAUAUCGAACCAGAAGAGGAGGAAUCAUUGAAUGUAAUUAAAAUGUCUGUUCAACUCUGUGAAGCUCUUUAUACAGAUUUCGGCAAAACUGAAAUUAACAGAAAAUUGAUUAUGUUUAUAAAACAAUUGGAAUCGAUGGAAAGAAGAAAAUAUGAGAGGAAUGCAUAUGAGAAAAAUAAUCACAAAAGUAUUAACGAAUUGAUUGAUGAUUUGAAAAAUGGCUGUAAUAUUGACAACGAUGAGUGUGGAACAAAAGAUUGUUAUUAGAAGGUGGCAAUAAAUUGUGAAAAUUGUCAGUUUUAUUUUUAUUUUAAUAAAUUUUAUAUAUAAAAACAUAUUGGUGUAUUU